AUGAAGGCGAUGAUUGACGCUUGUCAUGGAUUUUUCACUCUUCCUGACAAGGAGAAGCAGGAGUUUAAAUCGGGUAACGAUGUGCUAGAGAUGUUCGAGUAUGGUACCAGCUUUAAUCCGGCCACGGAUAAAGUCCUCCUGUGGAGGGACUUCUUCAAGGUGAGAGUACAUCCAGAGUUCUACUCCCUCUACAAACCGAGUUGCUUCAGUGAGAUAUCAAGGGAGUUCAGCAAGAGAAGCCGAGAGGUUGCAUUGGAGAUAACAAGAGCAAUCUCAGAAAGCCUGGGAUUGGAGCCAAACUACAUAUACGACGCAAUGAACAUGGAUCGUGGCUUGCAAAUGCUGGCCGCCAACUACUACCCCACCAUGCCCUCAGCCAGAACAUGCAAUUGGUAUACCACAUCACACUGA